CAAAGUGCUGGGAUUACAGGCGUGAGCUACCAUGCCCAGCCCAUGUCUCUCUCUCUCUUUUUUUUGGCUACCAAAUAUCCUAGUUUACUGAGUACGUGUCUUUUUAAUACUCUGUAUAAUGAGGUGGGAAGUACACAUUUAGCCUUCUGUGCAUACAAAAGAAGUAUGAUUGUUGUCUCCAACAGAAACAGUUUUGUGAUAGUUUGAGCUGCAAGUUGAACUACUGCUUUUUCAUGGAGCACUAUAUUUAAUCGAAAGAACAAGUGGAGGUGGCUGCACAGUCAUGGCGGAGGUGACCAAAGCCACAUAAUGUCCGUAGUUCAUGCAUCCAUCCAUGCCAAAUGGAUGGUGGAGAAGGUGAUUAGGACAAAAGUGCAAAAGACUGCUAAAGUGAGAGUGACCAGGCUUGUUCUGGAUGCCUAUUUGUUAGAGUAUUAUAAUAAGCGGAAAACCUACUUUGCUCGUGAUGCCCUUCAGCAGUGCACAGUUGGGGAUAUUGUGCUUCUCAGAGCUUUACCUGUUCCACAAACAAAGCAUGUGAAACAUGAACUGGCUGAGAUUGUUUUCAAAGUUGGAAAAAUCAUAGAUCCAGUGACAGGAAAGCCCUGUGCAGGAAUUACCUACCUGGAGAGUCCAUUGAGUUUGGAAGCCACCCAGUUAAGCAAAAAUCUGGAAGAACUUAAUACCUCUUCAGCACAGUGGCGGGAGAGUGGAAGAAGGAGCUAAAGGGAAAGAUUGACAUGUUUAUGUUAUGGAAAAAGAAUUUUUUCUAAGUUUCAUCGCAAACUGUGUCCAGUUUGUGGUGUUUAUGAAAUAGCUAAAAGCAAAUGAAGGGCAUAUUACGGUUUUUCAUUUAAAAAAAAAAAAAGAAAGAAGAACAACUGACCAACUAUGCCUGCCAAUGUAUAAACAAAGUGAGCCAGCUACUUCAAGGGAAACCACUAACAGUAUUUGCUGCCAAUGAUAAUAUUUGAGCUUUGAAGAGAAAAUUAGAAUUGUUUAUUUGUUUUUUGUUGUUUUUUUGUUUUGUUUUGUUUUUG